GCUUCACAGGAGGAUGCUCCAGGCUCAGAGGUUCACUCAGAUCAACCUCCCUGGUGGGCUUCCCAAAGAAAACUCUCAGAAGGAACAGAAGACUGAAUGGUGGGAAAUUACACUGGAGUCAUCAAAUUUUAUAUUGAAGGCUUUUCUGGUUCUCCAGAGUUCCGCCACACACUCUUUGCCAUAUUCUUUUUCUCCUUCUUUGUGACUAUAAUGGGAAAUGUGAUAAUCAUUGUGGUUGUCUGUGCUGAUCACAGACUACACUCUCCCAUGUAUUUCUUUCUUGGUCACUUGUCUUUCCUGGACAUCCUGAUUACCUCCACUAUCAUUCCACCAAUGCUAGGAAGUUUGCUAAUGUCAGAAACCCUGACCAUGUCUUUUUCAGCCUGUAUCACUCAACUCUUCUUGUAUCUCUCUUUGGGGACAAUUGAAUUUGUAUUACUUGGAGCAAUGGCAGUGGAUCGUUAUGUAGCUGUCUGUAACCCCUUGAGAUACAGCAUCAUCAUGAACAAUCAAGUUUGUAUCUCAGUGGUGAUACUGGCCUGGGUGUUUGGUUUUCUUUUUCAGAUCUGGCCAAUCUAUGCUACUUUUCAACUCUCCUUUUGCAGAUCAACUCUCGUGAACCAUUUUUUCUGUGAGAGGGGGUUAUUGCUGAAGCUUUCUUGUGAUGACACAGCUUUCUUAGAAUUUAUUCUCUUCUUGAUGGCCACUGUUAUUCUCCUGGGCUCUUUGUUUCCAACUAUUAUCUCUUAUACCUAUAUAAUCUCUACCAUUUUAAAAAUCCCUUCCAAUUCUGGCCGAAGAAAGGCUUUCUCCACCUGUGCCUCUCACUUCACAGUGGUAGUGAUAGGUUAUGGAACCUGCUUGUUUCUUUAUGUGAAGCCCAAGCAGACCCAGGCAGCUGAGUAUAACAAAAUUGUGUCCCUGAUGAUUUCAGUGGUAACGCCAUUCCUAACACCCUUCAUCUUCACUCUUCGGAAUAACCAAGUCAAAGAAGCCCUGAAACACGUCAUCUUUUUAAGGUUUAGCCCUUCCCAAGGGAGCUCUCAGUGAGAACUGUAUACAUUUUGGAUUUUUGAGUUGUUGAAUGUUUAGUCUUCAAGUUAGUUCCUAAUCAUAAUUAUCAAAUAGUACAUAAUGAGUUUUCUUGACUUUGGAAAUAUCAUAGCAAAGGUUAAUGGGCAUGUUCACAUUUUCACUGCUCCCAACUGGCACCAGUACAAUUAUUUUGUUUUUGUUGAAAUGUCACUCAGUUUCAAAGAAUCUGAAUGUGUGGGCGGCA